UCCGUAUCCGCGAUACAAUAAAUAAAAAAAGGGUUGAAGCGGUGUACGAUAUAAAAUAAUGGAAAAUACAGUCUUAUUUGUACAAUAAGUGAGAGGCGAAUAAGGAGGUGUUUGUAAUAUAUUUCUUAUAGCAAUAAUGUCUUCUGAAGCGGAAGAAAAUUGUUUUGUUUGCUCAAAAACCGGCGGCAACUUGAACAUCUUCACCACUUAUAACAUCUGCAAUGACAAAGAGGAAUUGUACGUUGAAGUCAUUAAAAACUGUUUCAGCGUUGAGAUUGGGCAGGACUCAGGUCUCUAUUCAAUGUGCACUGAUUGCAGCAUUAAAUUAAGAAGGGCAUAUACAUUCAAAAAUGAUAUAAUACAAGCAGUGAACAAGUUGGUUGUUUUACAACAUGCUGUUGCAGAAGAACCGGAAUAUUCCAAGGUUGAAUAUUUAGCACAUACAUUUGAAAAUGACUACGACAUCAAGUCAGUUCUCAACCCCGAAACUGGCCAGAUAUCUUACACUUUAGACAAAAUCAACGAGAAUAAAGAAACAAACCAACCGGACACUUAUAUGAUUGAUUUAGAGAAUGACGUCAUAAUCACUAAGAGUGUGGCGGAGAAGAAAGUGAAAAAAACUAAACGGAAAAAUGAAGUCGUUAAAGAAAACUUACCUAAUAAUAUUGAAAGCAAGAAGCCAAGUAAGUCUAAGAAAAAGAAAGAAACUGUAGAAACUGAUGCUGAGAAACCUAACUUAGAUAAUAUUGUCAAAGAUGAUCCUGAGAAACCUAAUAACUUAGAAAAUAUUGUCAAAGAUGUAGAGAAGGCUUGCAAGAAAAUAAUAACCAUAGAAGGGAAUGUGAUCAAUGCACCAGGUACUCAUCAAGUUCAAGAGGAGAAAAAUAAAAAGCCAAAGAAAGUUAAAAAUGCCAAAAAGCCCAAAUUCACCCUCGAGCCAGGCCAAACGAAGUGCUCCCUCUGCAGCACCCAGUUUGAAACGAACAAGGCUCUACGGGUGCACAUGAAUGCGCACUACCCAGACCACGAGUGUGGGGACUGCGGUAUGGCCUUCGCCAGUCACCAGAGACUGCGGUCUCAUGUGUACCAGACUCAUAACCAAGAGGAGUCGCCCACUUGCAAGUACUGUGAUAAGACUUUCACCAACGUAAAUACCCGCAACGCGCACAUGUGGCGCGUACAUACCAAAGUCGACCCGUACAAGUGCGCGCAGUGCGGCGAGCGCUUCAAAACUUACCUCAAACGGCUCCGGCACAUGCAGGCCGCGCACGGGGACUCCGUCACGGAGUACCCCUGCCAGUAUUGCGACAAGAAGUUCGCUUAUGCCGCCUACAGAACGAAGCACAUCCGCACCAUCCACCUCGAGUCCCGCCCGCACAAGUGUCAGGACUGCACGUACAGCUUCGCGCGCCGUCGCGACCUGGACGCGCACCGCGCCAGCAAGCACGGGGACGGCGAGAUGAAGUACCAGUGCACCGUGUGCAAUAAGAAGUUCUUCUUUAAUACGGCCCUCAAGUUCCAUCUCAAUGUACAUAAUAGACACACAUGCACCCAAUGCGACGCCAAGUUCGCCAACGAGGCGAACCUGGAUGCCCACCUGAAGACCCACGAGCCAUUAGACCAGUCUCUAGACGCCCUGCCUAUCCUGGACACGUUAGAAUUUAACGACUUCGCCGACUAUGCGCUGGACUCGGCCUUCUGGGUCCUGGGGAACGAGUUAUAGAUGGGUGUAACAUUCGUUGCCAUGGUUACGUACUUGGGCCAGGGGUUGACAAAACCUGGAGGUCCACCUGUAGACCUACGAAC